CUACGAACGAGCCAGCGAGCAUGAGCUGUCUUGGCAGUGAUCAACAGAGGAGUUGACUCAUCGCCAUCAACAGCGCAGCAGCAUCUUCCUAUCAGCAGGAUAAUAAUAGCGCCGAGUCACGUGAAAUACGUUUGUUGGCAAGUAGGACACGUCUUCAACGGCCAGGAGUGCGUAAAGAAAAAGCAUACAAAAAAAAUUGGCAAACUAAGAGAACCUUUACCUUUUUUCUUUUAUUUAUACACAAUUUUUUUUUUCUUAACAAAACAAGCAAAGAGUUUCUCACGCUCCUCCGUACGCAUGUACAUACAUACGUGUUAUUUUGCAAAGGACCUGCUUGCAGGUAACUUUCAAAACACUAACGAUCCCUAAUUUUUCUUAUUUGCUGAUCCUUGUGAGAGCGCUAUCAUGCACGUGCAACGCACCGACGCUCAGUUGCGCAGAACGGAAAGUAUCCCAUUGCAGCAGCAGCACAGUGUUGUGUGAUGCUUGGGAAUUUUUCUUGGCGCGCACCUGCCGCUCAAACAGCGAUGCUGAUUGGCUGAGAUGCUGUUUACGCACCGACGCUCUCAUUUCUUACACCUCAACGCAGGCGAAGAAUCUAUAAGAAGCUGUGUGGGAGCGGUGAGAGAUAACAUUCUCGUUUGAGCAACGCAAGUGGCAACAACUUUCAAGAAGAAAGGAAAGAAAUUGAAGUCAUCGCGCAAUUGGAAGAUCAAUAAAAUUGGUUCAAUAACUCAUCAAUCAAUCAACAACCAAAUAUGUCUACCGCCAUUGCCAACAAGUUAAUGCAACAACAGGACUGCAACAAUAAUUGCAACAAGAAUUCAAGCUACUAUACCAAUCAACACACUUCACUCCUUCAGCAACACUGGUCCAAUGUGCAGCAGAAAUCCAAAGUUUCACCCUCGCGCCGCCUGAAGAAUCUGCUGAAACCUCUACUGGGUGGUGUCUUCAAAUCACGCACGAAACGCCAACAAAACCGCAAUUCAUAUAUUGCCGCCUCACCGAAUGGCGAACGCGAUGCAGAUUUUGAAUGGCUCGCCAACGAGAUGGACAAUCGCGCCAACGAAGACCUCGAGCAGCGGCUAGUCGAAGAAUUGGAGAUGUGUGAGGAUGGCGCAGCUAUUGUGGUCUACAAUGAAGAUGGUACGCAUCGCUUACAAACAGUGCAGAAAGAUGAAUUCUAUGUGCCAGUGCAUUUUGCGCGCACCAAUGCCGGCACCUUCUUCUGGACCUCGCUGCAGCGUGAGACCAUCGAGCCAUAUAAAAUACAAUGGAACUUUAUGGAUCGCUGGGCGCAAGCGUAGAGGCAGCGAUGGGGCUGGCAAACAUUGAGCGGUGGCACUGAAAUUGUAGGGACUCAUUUGUGUUAGGCGAAAAGUGGAAAUUUUCAAUGGAAUACUGCUGGCUGCUAGGCGCAUGCGCGCGCAUGUAUGAACGUGAUGAAGCAAGGUUUGGUCACUGCGACCUUGCGCAACGUACGCGUCGGUGGGAUACUCGUAACUCGGAGAAAUUCAAAGACAAGAAAACGCAUUGGAAAAAAUUUGGAAACUCAAAUUCAAAAA